AUGCCUCGAACCAACUUGGCAUUGCGGGCCAACAUUAAGGGAAGUGAAAUCAAUUUUAAAAGAAUCUGGAUGCCGCUUCGCCUUGACAACUCUGAUUAUACACAGAAUGUGCUUGAUCGUCAGUCUGUUAUCAAUCUUAUCCGAAGUGUCUACGAUCCUUUGCUGACCGCUUGGCUUGCUGAGCCAGGCCAUACCUGGCAAAACCAGUUCUCGACAAGCAGUUCCGGUAAUGAGUUUCAAGCACAGAUUCUAGCUAGAAUUGGAGAACUUCCAGCAGGAGUUCAGUCGAUAGAGUCUGAGAACAUCCUUGGUGGAAUUCUAUACGAUAUUCUUCGGUUUUACCGAUUCACCGAUACCGCCUGGAGGGUACCUUUGCCUGCCCCUGCUGCCCCUGCCCCUGCCCCUGCUGCUACGCCUUCUGAGGGGUCAUCUGGGGAUGUGCUUGUUGCUGCUAACUUAGAUAUGCUUACAGCUGCGGCAAUCCAGGUGCUUGGGCCUACUGCCACUGCUCCUACUCCACUAGAUAUGCUUACAGAUGCGGCAAUCCAGGUACUCGGACCUACUGCUACUACUCCUGCUCCUCUAGAAAUACUUGCAGAGGUUGCAGGCAUAGCCGAGCCUUAUCCUACUAUUUCUCCUAUUUAUUCCCCCGAUAUACUUGCUGCUGCUGCUGUCACCCGUCCAUAUGCUGCUGUGCCUGCUCCGAUUGACUCUCCUGCUCCUGGGGCCAAGCGAGGCCGAGACGAUGAGACCGACGAUGAAUCCGAGCAACCGGCUAAGAAGAAGCAAGCGGUGAGUCCGAAAUAA